GCAGGGAGGUGUUCCUGAUUUGCAGCAGCUUGGGGAACGCGGGUCGGUGAGGCUGGAGAGGGAGCAGCCGUGCCCCAGGAAGGAUGGGAAUGGUGCUGCGAGUGGCCGUGCUCCUGAGCUCCCUUCUCCGCUGCAGCGCUUUUCUGGACCUGAGUGGCCCCAGUGAGAUCAAAGGUGUCUGGAAGGACUCUACCACUCUGCCUUGUACCUAUGUGCCUCUGGAGGACCUUGUGCAGCAAACCCUCACCUGGACUGUGGUACAUGAAAAAGGUUCAGGCACCAUCUUUCGGAGGGACAUCUCCGGUGACCAUGUGUUCCUGUCUGAGUACAGGAAUAGAGUCAGCAUCCCAAAGGAUGACCCAGGAAAUGUGUCUCUCCUCAUCCUGAACCUGGAGAUCUCUGACAGAGGAACCUACACUUGCCAGGUCACCUGGAGAGACAGCAACAACAGCCUGAUAGCAAAGGAGAUCACCACCAAAUUGGAGGUUGUUAAAGUGGCAGCCACCAAGCCCAUCAUCAGAGCUGGACAGCUGGGGCUGACGCUCCCGGCCGGAGGCAGCACCAGCCUCACCUGCGAGGCCAGCGGCUCCCCUCCCAUCAGCUACCGCUGGUUCCGGGCCACCCCGGCGGGCAAAGCCGUGUUCCUGAGCAGCGGGGCCGAGCUGGCCUGGCCCAGCCUGCGGCCCUCGGACAGCGGGACGUAUUUCUGCGAGGCAGAGAACAGGGCCGGCGCCGGGGCCGUGCAGCGCAGCGAUGCCGUGCAGCUGACGGUGACAGAUCUGCCCACAACAACAGUGGCCUUGUGGAGGAACGUGGGAACCACGGGCGGACACCACCCAGCCGCAGAAAAAACUCAAACAGAGCUGGUGUCUGGAGGUACCUCAGGAAUCUCCUGGACUCUCUGGGGCCCCACCACUACUGCAGACUUGCCCAUAGCAGCAACGACUUCUGAGAGUGGUGUGGGAUAUCCAGGGAAGAAUGAAACAAUUCCUGAUUUCCAGAGGACUGGCUUGUCCCUCUACCUGGUCAUCCUGAUUGCUGUGGUGUCUGGUGCUGUGGUUUUCCUUGUCAUCUCUCUGAUCAUUUGCAUUAGGAAGCCCAAAGGCGCUCAAGCCUAUGACGUAAAAUUCCAUAACUCGAGAGCAGCAGCUUCUUCAAGCACAGGUCACUAUGAGGAACCCAUCUCUUUCACUGAAAACAACUACGUGAUGGAGUUCAGGGAAAACAAAAUCUCUGAAGAAGUAAAUAAGAACGAGUCUGACUGUGUUGCAAACCCCCAGGAAUCGGAGUAUGAAGUAGGGGACACUUCCUGAGAACCAACAAUGUUCUGCAGAUACCAGUCCUGAGGAGCACCUUCACCCAGACAAAAUACGUAUUUUUUUUUCACUUUUGCUCCUGACAAAUAGGUAGGACAAGCAGUGGCUGCUCUCUCUUCAGAGAAAGUGCAAAUGCAUACCUCUUCAGGAACCUGAGUUACAGACUGCUGUGUAGAACUCCUGGUUCUGUUCUCCUUGGCUCCCUCUCACCACCUCUAUCCAAGAAAGCACUUUGAAUGCUGCAGCAUGCAGGUCCCAGGUUAGGAGCACUGUACUGAACUUACUGCUUUCUAUGGCCAAAAGGACCAGUGUUUCCAGCCUUUGUGUGGUAGGGGGAGAGCCAGCACUGAGGGCUGCUCAGCAUCCCCACCUGUGUGGGUGAGCAGGGCAGGAUGCAGCUGGCUUGAGAAUCAAUGCUUCUUCUCCUGCCCACCUGAAGCUGGACAGAUUUAACAGAAGAGAGAUCUUGUAGGAACAAGAAACUCAGGAUCCUGGCACACUAGGAGAAGCAGUGCAGGAAGCAGGAAUGGCCUGUGCAGUCCUUGUGCUGCCCUUGAUCCCCCUCCACAGCACUGCAGCGAGGUCACUGGCCACAGCUCUGGGUGCUUCUGAUACUGCAACCAGGCACAUUCUUUCUCAGCUCACCUUCUCUGUUCUCUCUCUAAAAUGCAUGAUGGAUGUCAUGAAUAGAAUCUCUCAAGAAAUCCACCCCAGUUAAAAUACUGUAAGUGUUUGGUUGUGUACAGUUAAUGUUCUUGUCCCAUUUGUAAACCUUGUUUGUUGUACCCCUUGUUUACCCCCAUAGUUGUUAGUAAUGUUAAUUACUUACCGGUUGUUUUAAGAGUUCUCUUAUGAGAUGUACCUCUACCCCCUUUCCCUUACCUCCCCUGUUCCUGUGUAACAGUGCUGCUCCCAGGGGGCUGUGCACCCUGAGUCAUACACAAACUAAGGCACGCCAGACAUAAAAACAAUGAGCCAGCAAGGAAAUAAAAGGUCAAAGAGACAUAUCCCAGCAAGCUAUGAUGGAAAACCGUCUUCUUGCAUCACCUGAGCCUGCUUAAGAGUGGUCACCAUGGUCUAAAGAGGACUGGAAAGGAGUGACUCCCCUGGACAAUGAGGCUGGCUGCUCCUGUGAGGAUGGAAGCCCCAGCUCUGCAGGGUGUGCUGCAAAGCUGAAUUGUGCCUCCUCCUUGGAGCUGCUGGUGUGGGAGCAGUGGCGGUGCGAGCGACCCCUCGGGCCCCCACCCCAAGGCUGA